AUGUCUCCAGAUAGGCCCAUUUGUAGGCCCACUGAGAGCAGAGUGCUCUCUCUGAUACGCUCGCCGGAGAAGGCUACAAUCGAUGACCAAGACACGUUGCAAGCUCAGGCUCAAGGUGCAUGUCUGACAAUACCUCAUGUCGUCCUCGAAGAGAAAACUGUAUCUUCCGCUAUGGCGGCCAGCCUUGCGACAUCUCUGCUAGGGCACGUCUUGUUUCUAAAAUCGCAACUUCCGUUUCCUAUCGUACAGCUGGCACGUAUGCCAGCAUUUGACACGCUGUCCUCACACCUCGGCAUGACAUUCUCAGCCCUUUUUAGUGCAAUGCUACAGCGACAAUCUGAGAAUGAGAGUCCAUCGAAGGCCCGAUCUGCAUAUCUGGCAUUUGUCCUGGGUCCAAGCAUAGGAGCUGCACGGGCCAAGGUGGUUCUCAUAGUGGAUGGACUGGAUGUUAAGGUAAUAGGGCAGAAGGAUGAGAGGACAAGCAGGCUGGACAGUAUGGCGACCACUGACAGUCAGAGUCCGGAAAGUGAUGACGAGGGCAUUAGCGAAGAAGACAAUUUUGACGCAACAGACGAUGAGGGAAGACUUCUUUCAUCAUCUUUCACGGUACCAAAGGAAGCCACCGAGACCCUCCACCGUCGUCUAUCUGCCUUAUCUGAGCCAGCUACCCCAUCGCCUCCUCGAACAUUCAAUCCUUUUCAAGCGCAGCCUCGAGUUCGGACAAUCACUCCGUUUCAGGAUCAUCUCACCAUCCCCAUCCAAGCUGACUUUCGUGAGGAGGAGCAAAACCGCAAACCACCAGGACGGACUCCCCUGAAAGUCUUGUCAUCACAGCCUGCCCUGCAGAGCCAACCGGCCAUACCUGCUAAAUUCGAUACGUUAACCGAGGAACAGAAGAAGAUACGAGCAGCUGAGCAUCUCCUCUCGCGAACGCUAGCUAACACAUGUGUUGAAGGUGACGGAGGCAUGUCUCGCGAGCUUGCGCCGACGCAUGCGUAUGUCCUGCUACGUGUGCCGCGGAGGUUUGUGCAUCCCACAUGGGUUCCGAGGCAGAACCUGACGCGCUCGCUUGAGGUAAUGCUUCAGACAUUCCUGGAAGAGGCGAGCUGCGUGGAAGGCUCACAUGAAGAUAAACGUGCUAAGGCGAGGAAGGGCAUGAAGGCCAAAGGCAUCUGGAUCUCUUGUCGUGGAGGUGAGGUCAACCCUGACAUAAAGCUCAAUGUACGAGAGAAUCAAGAUGAGGAGGAUGAAGACGAUGACAAGGAUGAGAUGAUAUGGUGGGCGUGGGACGGAAAGAUUAUUGGGUUCACGGAUUAGUGAUGGU